GGGGAGAGGAGAUACUCUUGAAAGUUAAACCCUCUGCUAUUAUAGGAUCUUUUUUAUUUUUCUAAGCUUUGCUUUGCUCUAAUAAGACCUGAAAAGUUGGGAGAAGUGGAAGUGAGUGGCUUCUUUUUUUUUUUUUCCACUGCAGUUUUGGAGAAAAUAACUUUGGGAGGAGGAGACUUUAAUUGGAAAUGUAACUGAAAUUUAGUGAUGUCGCCCUGGGAUUAAAGGAAUAUAGAUGAUGUAACUGUGUCUGCCAAGGAGAAAAAAAAAUGAAUUAUGCAGCCAUCUAAAAAAUAGAAGUGAUGCACGUCACUUGUGGUACUGCUAUAAAGGUAGUUGAACAAUGUCCACUCUUCUCUGCAGUGGAGUCUGGGAAGCUGGAGGAAAGAAAGUUCUCAGCCUGUAAUCUUUUACUGAGAGUUUAGCACAAGCAACUUUCUGGCAUUGCUCUUAUAUGUUCUCAUCAAGUUGCCUGUGAGUAACUCACUUCCACAAUUAACCUGGCCAGUCCUACAUCUAAGAGCGGAAAAAAAAGAAAUAUUGCCUACAGCUAGAGCUUUCAGAGCAGUUAAGGCUGUUUUGCAACCAUGCUCCUGGUUACAGCUGUGCUUUGUGCCCUGGUGAUGGAGAGGGGAGUGCACCCAGCCCCCUGUGAAACUGUCAGGAUCCCCAUGUGUAAAGACAUGCCUUGGAAUAUUACUAGAAUGCCCAACCACCUGCACCACAGCACUCAGGAAAAUGCUAUAUUGGCUAUUGAACAAUAUCAGGAGCUAGUGGAGAUCAACUGCAGCCCAGUACUUAAUUUCUUCCUGUGUGCUAUGUAUGCACCUAUCUGCACCCUGGAAUUCCUUCAUGAUCCAAUUAAACCUUGCAAGUCUGUGUGCCAAAGAGCCAAGGAUGGUUGUGAGCCUAUCAUGAAGAGGUACAACCACAGCUGGCCAGAGAACCUGGCAUGUGACGAUCUGCCAGUGUAUGACCGAGGGGUGUGCAUUGCACCUGAAGCCAUUGUUACAGACAUCCCUGAAGAUAUAAAGUGGACGGAGUUUACACAAGAUGUCAUAGUCCCAGAAAGACCAAGAAUGAAUCACUGCAAAAGUUUAAAUAUGGAUCGUUGCAAAUGCAAAACAAUUAAACUAACUCUAAAUAUGUACUUGGCAAAGAACUACAGCUAUGUAAUCCAUGCAAAAGUCAAAAGUGUCACAAGAAGCAACUGCAAUGAGGUAACUACAGUGGUGGAAGUUAAAGAAACAUUAAAGUCAUCUACAACAAUUCCAAGGUCCCAGGUUCCUCUUAUUACCAACUCUUCCUGUCAGUGUCCACAGCUAUUCCCUAAUCAGGAUGUGCUCAUCAUGUGUUACCAGUGGCGUUCAAGGAUGAUGCUUCUUGAUGGGUGUUUAGUAGAAAAAUGGAAAGACCAACUAAACAAAAGGUUCAAGAGAUGGGAACAGACUUUACAAGAGCAACAAGUGAAGACAGUGCAAGAGAAGAACAAGAAUGCAAGUCGCACAGGUCGCAGUGGGCCACCAAAGACAAGCCAUAAAACCCCCAAUCCUCCCCCUGCACUCUCCAAGAAGAAUGUUAAGAACAAGAAGGACCAGAAAGACAAGAGGGCAUAAACUAAGCCAUGUUGUCCUUGAAAGACAUUUCCAGUGCAUGAUGAGAGUCACUAGCUGGCUUCAGUGGCAAAGCAUAUUAUUCUCAAACUCAUCCUCUUGGAAACCUGACUUUAAUUUGCUGCACUUUACCUAGCUUUUUUUUUACAUGUCGACCACUACAAACCCAAAAUAUAAGGUUUGUACUGAAAAAAAAAAA